AUGGUCAUCGCGGACGCGAGCAUGGUGGGCUGGAAGCUGCGGACCGUGCAGUACGUCUACUCCCACGCCGGCGUGGCCGCCGGGGCCCUGGCCCUCGCGGCCAUCUGCUGCGCCUUCUGCGCCGUGGCGGUGGGCAGCGUCGUCUUCGCGGCGCCCAUCUGCGCGGGCUCCGGCCUCCCGGAGGCGAAGGGGUACUUCAACGGGAGCCACGUGCCCGACAUGUUCCAGCCGAUCAACCUGUACGUCCGCGUCUUCGGCAUCGUCUUCGCCGUCGCCGCUGGCCUGCCGAUCGGCCGAGAGGGGCCCAUGGUCUGCAUCGGGGGCUGCCUCGGCAUCGGCACUGUGCACGUCCUGGCGGCCAAGUACGUGCGCAACGAGGUGCAGCUGCAAGAUCGGGCGUCGAGCGGCUCGUUUGGCUUCAUAGACGAGGAGCGCUUCGCGCACGCGAAGCGGAUCGGCUGCAUCCUGGGAGGUGCUGCCGGAAUCGCAUCGGCAUUCGGCGCGCCAGUAGGGGGCAUCCUCUACAUGUUCGAGGAGGUCACGGUCACGUCGUGGCCGUCCGAGCUCACCUUCCGCGUGUUCAUCUGCACGAUGCUCGCGAGUCUCGUCUCUCGAGGGUUCUUGAACCUGGCGGGCCAGGACGUGCACAGGCUUGUCCUGUGGAACGAGGAGGCCAUCUCCUCGAUGAGGUGGGCCUGGAUCGACGUGCCGUACUUCAUCGUGCUGUCCGUGGUGUGUGGCCUGUGUUCCGCCAUCUUCACGAAGGGCAUGGUGGGCACCUGGCAGCUGCGCCGCUGGCUGCAGGGGUCGCGCGUGCUGGAGAGGUACCAGCCCUACCCGAAGCUGUGGGACGCGCUGCUGUACACGGCCCUCUGCGCCCUGGUCUUCGGCACCAUGCCCGCGUUCUUCGGGUGCGAGCCUGUGCCGACCAGCUCGGCGCACGGAGGCGAGGGCGCGCACCACCGCCGCCUCGAGGGGGGCGGCGACGCUCACGCGGACAGCUGGGUGCCGUACACGUGCCACGAGGGGUACAUGAGCGAGGUGGCCACCUUGGUACUCUCGGGCGCAGAGGGCGCCAUCAAGCAGCUAUACUCCCGGGACGAGGACGAGCACUUCAGCCUCGGGUCCCUCGGCUCCGUGUUCGUAGGACACUUGUACUUUCUCCUGGCCAUGGGCGUGUCCGGCUUGUCCAUCCCCAUGGGCGCGUUCGUGCCGACCAUGUUGAUCGGUGCCGUGGCGGGGCGCUUCACCGGGGAGGCCCUGGUGGGCCGGGGCACCUCCCACCCGGGGCUGUACGCCCUGGUGGGGAGCGCGGCCAUGCUCAGCGGCUUCACCCGCAUGACGAUCGCGAUCGUCAUGCUCCUCGUCGAGGCCACGCGUGACCUGAGCGCGAUGCUGCCCCUGAUGCUUGGCAUCUUCACGUCCCAGUGCGUCUCGCGCCUCGUCGCCUCCCACGACUUCACCGACGAGAUGGUGCUGAAGAAGGGCAUCGCCUUCCUGGACCCGACGCUGCCCAACGUCCUCAGCGGCGCGGACGUCACCGCGGAGUCGCUCCAGUUGCGGGUCGAAGAGCUCCGGGGCACGUGCAACGAGCCGGAGGAGCUGCCAGUCCAGGCGCCCCUCUCGACCGUGAUACGGGCCCUGAGGCAGGACAGGAUCGCGUACUUCCCCGUGGUCGCCGACGGGGUCUGCCUCGGACCCUCGGACUCGUGCCGCGCGCGAGGCUGA